AGCCUGGGAGUCCGGAAGCAGAAGGGUGACAUGGGUUCCCAGGCUGCAUUCCUGAAUGGGUCAGAUGAAGAGUGAGGAGGGUGCAGCCUCCUCCUGCAAACUGAAGAAGAAUCAGUUUUCCAGAAGAAAAACUCAAACGAAACCUAACGCAAUGCUGAUGUCUGGGGAGAGCGGAGAGGGGCUGCCCCUGUGCUGCUGGGAAUCCUAUUGUGUGCAUGGUGGUCUCUGCCCUCUGCCGUACCCAGAGACAUCAGCUCUGACACAAGCACUGAUUGCAGUGAUUUGAGCAACAAAAUGAAGCGCAGAAAUUGACUGUUAAGAGAUUGCUUUGGGAUCCCCAUCUCUGUCGAGGUGGGUGGCAUCCUUUGGCCUUCUCAGCUCCCCCACCGGCCCAACCUGCUAUGAUGCAAGGCAGGGAAGCUCCGUGCUGGGCUCAGGUCCUCCAACACCCCACACCACGGCACCAUCCCAAGGAGGGAGAUUGAAGGAGCAGUGUGAGACUGUGGCAGAUUUGCAGCACCACACAACAGGAAUUCUAUCGCCAAAGCUGUGAACUGAAGGCAUUUGAAAAAAAAAAAAUACUUUUCUAUUCGCUUAAAUUCUUAAAGAGGGAAUAAAUAUGAAGCAAAAAUCCUUUCAGUCUGAUAAAUUACGGAGUGUGUAACAGUGGCCCUCGGACCUGCAGAGCCCAGAGGCCUGUGAGAUGCAUGGCUGAGCACCAGGACCCACCAAACAGCCCUGAUUUCCAUAGGCAAAUCCCCCACCGCUGGGAAGGUGUGAUGAAAUGGGUGCACGUUGUGCUCUCAGCCCACCUGUGCCAAAUAAUUCCCGGCAGAAAGGUCACUUCCCAGGUAAGAGGAGAGCAGACACUCGGCCUCCCUGGGCUUCCAGCCUUUGGAGCAGCUUUGUUUUGCAGCGCUCAGUGUCAGGAGGCUCAGAUGGGCUCAGUGCAAAGGGAAUUUAGCAGCAGAGCAAUUCACCUCCACACAUCUGUCCGAUUAAUGCCACACAGUGAAGUGCCAUGAAUUGCAACCGAAGGGUACCAGCAGCCUUUGGCAGAUGCUCAUUCUGCUGUGGUUGGGGACAGCUUUCCCCAGGCCGCUCAGUGCUCCUCGCUGCUGUGAUAUGAGACCCAGGGAUGGCGACCGGGAGGAGCUCUUGGAGGUCUAUUCUGACAUUAAUGACUCCGUGGUUCUACGACAGCGCCGUGCAGCCGGCAGCUCCUCACGCACAGAGCGAACAUCGCUGCAGGGCGCCACACCGCACCGCCUCGGGGGCUCCAGGGGAGCAGAAAGCAGAACCUAAACGGGCAGCAAAAGCAGCCCGGUGCGAUGCUGGGAACGACGGCCACACGAGGGCAGAGCCGCGCAGAGCUGCGGGCGGAGAGCACCUUCGGCACCGCCCCCCCCCGGCCCAGGGCUGUCCCCCCAAUGAGGGGAUGCAGACACACCGACACCCCCCGCAUCCCUUCGUCCCCACCCCACCAGGCGGCCGCUUUUCCCCUCCGUAGCGCCGGGCGUUGGAAUGGCUCUGUGUGCCUCAUUAACUCCCGGCCCUACAAACGUCCUCGGACCGCCGGUGCGGUGCUCGCUAAUUUGUUUUCCUGCUCGGGAGCGCAUUCUUGUCGAGUGGCAAACUGUGGGAUGCUCCUUGCUGCUGCUGGCAGAUCCAGGUGUCCCCUGUUGUGAAACCACAGCUGAGUCAGUGCUGGAAGCCGGCCUGCGGGGAGCCCUGCUCCAAACAUCCUGUCCGAGGGCCACCUCCCCGCCUCACCUCUGCCUUUAUCUGCCCCUUCUGAGUAACAGCACGUCUGGCAAGGGAGAAGAACAGGCAGAAGCUGCAGACACCAGGAGUGAUCCCAAUGAUGACGAGUUUCCUUGGCAGCGCCCUCCGGGGCACCUUCUUCCUCAUCUUUGGUCUCUGGUGGUCACUGCGAUACCCCCUGAAGUAUCUCAGGAGGAAAACGAAUGCUGAGAGCCAGCCAAGCUAUGGGGUCCAGCGCGUGGAAGUCUUUGAAGGGGCAGUCAAAGCUUUCUUUGCCCUGGCAGGGAUCCUGGUGGAGCAGUUCGUCCCCUCUGGUCCCCACCUGAUGCUGUACAGCCCCAAGACGCACAGCUGGACAGACCUCACGCAUUGGCACUACACCACCAUGUACCUCUUCUUCCUCCUGUCCGGCAUCGUGGACGUGGUCUCGCACUCACCGCUCAAACUGCCAUUGGGUUUAGAUCGGCUCUCACUGUCCGUGGCUCUGUUCAUGGAAGGUUUGCUCUUCUGCUUCCAUGACUACAGCAAUGCUGCACUGGACCAGCACCUCCACACCCUGUUGGCAUUCGCUAUCUUUGCUGGAGCCCUCUGCGUCCUUCUGGAGGUGUUCCUCCGAGACCACAUCAUCCUGGAGUGCCUCAGGACCAGCACAUUCCUUCUGCAGGGCUCCUGGCUCUGGCAGAUCGGGUUUGUGCUGUCCCCUCCCUGGGGAGGACCGGGCUGGGACCAGACCGACAGCAGCAAUUUCUCAUUCCUCACCAUGUGCUUCUGCUGGCACUAUGCAGGAGCCCUCAUCAUCCUGGCAGCCAACGCGGCCGCGUCACGCUGCUGCAACGAGUCCUGCCAGCUGCGAUUCGGGGACAUCGACGUGGAGUUGGACUGCGGGAUGUGCAUCCGCAAGAAGGGCUCUCGGGGGGCGCUGCUGCCCGAGGGCGGCGCGGAGGAGAAGUGAGGCUGCACUGGGCAGUGGCAGCUCCCUCCUGCUGCUCUGGGGCUCUGGAAAUGAACUUCUGAGUUGUGUUUUGUUAAGCUGCAAGCGGCAGAAGCAGGAGGCAGCACCCCAAAGCUGAGCUGCUCCCGGCCCCCUCUGACAGCGAGGAGUUUGCCACUUCCUCAGGACUGGUUUGCCUGAUGUGGAUGGUUGGGCUCUCUCUGAGCCCAGCAGGAGGGGUGCAAACUGAAGCAGCUCCUGGUGCCUGCUGCUCGCUGUGCCGUCAGUGGAGGGGUUUUGUACAAAGCUUUCCAUGCACAGAGUGUACGGGCUCCCCAAUAAAGUGCUAUAAUGAACCUUC